AUGGGCGACAACACUCUUGAGCUUCCGGAUGAUUUGCUAUGUCCACAAAUCCACACCUUGACCAUACUAUUGAAAAGGAAUAUCAAUCCUUUGCUUAAUGUUCCAGAUAGGUUUUUCAGUGGAAUGGAGAAACUUACGAUUUUAGAAUUGAAUAGAAUAUGUAUGUUGCCUCUAUUAUCUCUUGCAAAUUUGGUUAACCUUCGGAUGUUAUGGUUAGAUAAUUGUAAGUUGGGAGACAUAUCUAUACUCAAGGAUCUAAAUAAUAACAUUGAAAUACUUAGCCUUCGAGGUUCUAAUAUCGAGGUUUUGCCAUCAGAGAUAGGACAAUUGACUCGUCUUCGGUUGUUAGAUCUGAGAAAUUGUUACCAGCUCACAGAGAUUCCACAAGGUGUCAUAUCCAAUAUCCAAUUUGUCUCUCGCCUGGAAGAAUUAUACAUUUUAGAUGAGUUUGGGUAUAGGGAGGGAAGAUGCAAAGUGAAUCUUGAUGAGUUGGGGAAAUUGACGCAAUUAACCACUUUACAGAUUCACAUACCAAAUGUCACGCUAUUGCCCAAGGACUUCCGCUUUGAAAAUUUGAUCAGAUUUAAAAUAUCAAUGGGUAAGGAAUAUCAUCGUUUUUCUGAAACUUAUUCUAAGUCGUGUAAACUUGCGGGUGUUUCCUCAAUGGACAAGUUAAUCGUUUUGUUGAUGAGAGCCGAAGAAGAGCUACAUUUGGAAAAAAUUGAAGGUUUACAAGAGGUUGGAUUGGAAUAUCUCUUCUCCCUGUCCUGUGCAAGAGGAUUUCCACGACUCCAGAGACUACGAAUUGUUGAUUGUGAGAUGAUGGAAGCAAUUGUUGGAAUUGAAAAAGAAAAAGAAAAAGAUGAAGAUGAACUCUCAAGUCAGGUAAUUAAUUUCCGUCAGUUGGAAUAUUUGAGUCUCGAGAAUCUACCCAAGCUCAUAAGCUUCUACCCCAAACUGGAGAAGAUGUCAACAUCCGAAGGAAAUUCUUCUACCAUGACACAAUCUUUGUUUAAUGAAAAGGAAUACAAUCAAACAGUGCUAGGUUAUUUUCAAUAG